CUCGUCUAUAGUUCAUCUAUCCUGCGCGAGGCAAGGCACAGUGCGCUGUUGCACAGCACUGGCUGUGAUCCCUGCGUUUGAUCGAUUCCGAUGCACACGCGGUGUUCGGCUUCACCCGUGCCAACAUAGCAUUUGUCUUGCACCAUGCACAACGACCGCACAGCUGCACCACACUCAUCUGAUGCAGACUUGAGUUUGAUGAAAGUCCUCUCGUUCAAUUUGUUGGUCAAGACCUGGCAACUUGGAAUCAUGUAUUCUUUGAAUAAACGCCGCUUGGCAUCAUCAUCAAGAUAUACAGAAAGGGUCAUUGAGACCAUUAUUUGGCCGGUAUCAUUCUUGGAGCUGUACUUGGUGCGCGAGCGUGGAAUCGGUGCUACUAACAAGUCCCUGCCCAUUGUUGCCAAAGGGAUGCGGAGAACAGGUGCCCACUGUGAUGAGUGUCCUGAUUCAUCACCCGCCAUCGGAGGAUAUAUCACCGGUUCGCCACAGCAUUUGAUGCAUCGAAGUCCUUGUGGCCUUCUGACGCUCCAAGGCCGCGUCGACGUUCGAGCAGCAGUAAUACGUGCUUGGGCAGCAGUAAUCUCCGCGGUGCGUAUCUCAUCUCCCGAUGAAGCCGGGGAUAUGCAUGCAUUUGACCUCAUUCACAUGCAGAAGCUAAGCUAUUUCUGCACUACACAGAUAUCUGCUUCUCGAAGCGGAAUUGGUGAUGAUCUUGCGCAUUGACACUCAGGCCCGGUACCCCAGAUGGUGUGUGAAUUGCAUGCUGAGAACAGCCUCGACCCACUUAAAUCAAUUCGUGCGCGCCUCCUCCCUGAUCUGCUUAUUACUCAAGAUGCGCGCCCAAGACUGCCUUGUUUUCUUACCAUUUGACACGCGUAGUUUGCCAGGGCCCAGCUCGUCAUCAGGGUCAUGCGUGUUACGAGGGCGAUGAUCGAAAGACUGGUGGGAACGGGAGACGCUCAGAUAGAUUAAACUUAGAGCUUGCAUAAUAUCCGGAGCUCUACAGGCUUGGAGCUGUAUGGCUAAGCGCUGAAAUUUGAAGUUAUGAGGCAUGU